AGAAGAAGAAGAAGAAGAAGAAGAAGAAGACCGGAAGUCGGUUGUGCUGUUGUCAUGCCGAUGUUUGUACUGAACAACGAUGAGUUCAGUCCAGAAUCUGAGAGAGUUGAUCAACGAGCGACUAACUGCUGCUGCUGAAGAAAUAUUCACAGAGUUUGAGAAAACCAUCGUCCAGUACGAGGAGGAGAUCGAUCGUCAGCGCAGACUGCUGGAUAACAUCUGGAAACCACAGAUAACACAACACACAGCAGACCUCCCACAGCACAAUGUUUGCCAGAAAGAGGAGGUUCUCCCUGACCAGCAGCUCCGUACCCAGGAGAUGAAGUCCAAUCUGGACAAGGAGGGUCCAGAGCAUCGGCAGGUUAAAGAGGAACAGGAGGAACUGUGCAUCAGUGUAGACCAGGAGGACCAAAAACCACCACAGCUUAAGGAGGUACAGGAGGAACUCUGCACCAGUCAGAAGGGGGAGCAGCAGGAGACGUAUACCUUUAUGCUGCUUCAGUGCAAGUCCAAAUGUGAAGAAUUGUCUGAAGAAAUAUUCAGAGUCUUUGAAAAAGCAUUCAUCCAGCAUGAGGAAGAGAUUGAUCGUCAGCGCAGACUGCUGGAUGUCUUCUGGAAAUCUGAAAUACCGUUACAUACAACAGACCUCCCACAGCCAUGUGCCUGUACAGAGGCGGAGGUUCUCACUGUGCAGCUCUUUAAGCUGAAAAGGAACACAAGUCUGGACCAGGAAGACCCAGAACUUCCACAGAUGGAAGAGGAACAGAAGAAACUCUGCAAUAGUUUGGACCAGGAGGACCCACAGCCCCCACAAAUUAAACAGGAACAGGAAGAAUUCUGCACCAGUCUGGAGGGAGAACAGUUUACAGUGAAGCAGGAGACUGAUGCCUUCAUGGUGACUUCUACUUAUGAGGAAAGUGACCACAGUGACACAGAACCAAACAGUGUCCAGCUUUUCUCUCACAUUUUUCCUGUAGCUGAGAGCCCAGAUCAAGCAGGAAACAAGCAUUUAGAGUCAGGAUUAUCUAGAAAUGCAGAGCUGGAGCGAAAGAAGAGACAUAAGAGAAACAGCAAUUACAACAACAAUGUUGACAUCUUAUCCAUGUCAGAGAGUCACUGUGAUACUGACACAGAGAAAGAGACUUUAAUAUGUGAAGUCUGUGGAAAAGCCUUUAAAGAUAAGUCCAAUUUAAAGAGACAUUACAGAAUCCAUGCAGGUGUGAAACCGUUUCAUUGCAAAACGUGCGGGAAAAGUUUCAGUCAAAGUAAUCAUUUGAAAGUCCACGUGAGAAUCCACACAGGUGAAAAGCCAUACCUCUGUAACAGCUGCGGAAAUAGAUUUAGUGAUCAUACAGCAUUAAAAAGGCAUACAGCAAUCCACACAGGCGAGCUGUAUGCCUGUGAAAUAUGCAGUAAAAAUUUCAGCGACAAAGGUCCUCUGAAAGUCCACAUGAGGAUUCACACGGGUGAGAAGAAGUACCUCUGUAACACCUGUGGGAAACAGUUUAGUGACCUUUCAACUCUGAAACGGCAUAAUGCAAUUCACACAGGGGUAAAGCCGUACCUUUGUAACACCUGUGGGAAAUGUUUUAGUGAUGUUUCAACAUUUAACAGGCAUAAAGCUAGCCACACAGGUGAGAAGCCAUUCCUUUGUAAUACAUGUGGGAGAAGAUUUCAUACGUUCUCACACCUUAUGCGUCAUAUGGCAGUCCACACAGGUGAGAAGCCAUAUUCUUGCAACAUAUGUGGGAAAUGUUUUAGUCAAAGUGGUAAUUUGAAAGUCCACAUGAGAAUCCACACAGGUGAGAUGUCAUCAUCCUGAAAUAUCUGUAGGAAAAAUAAUCUAGGACUACGCUUAAAACAUGAGGAAGUGGUUCAGGUUAAAUGCAGACCUUUUAAGAUAGAAUUUCUUCCUGUUGGUGCUGCACUACCAGCAUGGUGCUAAAAUAGUACAAAAGGGAAGGAGGGACUGAGAAUCUACAUCAGAUCGCUGAUGCAUGAGACAAACAAAAUAAAGGUUGACAGAGUCAGUAUUUGAAAAGUUGUGGAAAUUUGUGAGCAGUCCUCAAAAAAGAACAGCUGAAAGCAGUGAGUCAGAUAAAUGCUACAUUUUUAAUUUAUUUAAGAAUAUAUGUUAACUUUAGUGAGAGCUUUUGUUUAUGUAUUUAUUGGCAGUGUGUUGUUUUGUUUGAAAUAACACUUAUGUCUUUUAUUACUUGACAGAUCCAUCUAAUUUUUUUCAGAUGAUAUAAUUUUGUAUUCCUUUUAUUGCAUUUGCUGCUAAUUACUCCACUAAGGAAUGCACCAGAGUUUUGUCACGACCGGCAUACGUCUCUUUGUCUUUCUGUGUGCAACAUUACUCAAAAAUGGAAUAUUGGAUUUGAAUAAAAAUUUUUAAUUUCAGAAAUGACACGAGGACUACCUGAUGACAUUUUGACCGUGAUGUGGCUUAUAGUCUGGAUCCACGGAUUUGUUAAAGAUUUCUGUAUCCAUCCAUUCUCUAUACACCGCUUUAUCCUCACUAGGGUCACGGGGGGUGCUGGAGUCUAUCCCAGCUGACUCGGGCAAAGGCAGGGGACACCCUGGACAGGUCGCCAGUCUGUCACAGGGCUACAUAUACCGACAAACAAUCACACUCACAUUCACACCUACGGGCAAUUUAGAGUAACCAAUUAACCUCAGCAUGUUUUUGGACUGUGGGAGGAAGCCGGAGUACCCGGAGAAAACCCACGCAUGCACAGGGAGAACAUGGAUCUUCUUGCUGCAAGGCGAAAGUGCUAACCACUAGUCCACUGUGCAGAUUUAGAUAAAUAGAUAAAGAUUUCUGUAUCAUUGCAAAAUAGCUGCACAGUGUCACUGUAACCAUGACAACAAAUGAACACGUCAGCUGCCUGCUGACGAUCACAUGAUUGCAAUCCUACUACGAAUCCAGCACCCUUCGCGACCCUAGUGAGGAUAAAGCGGUGCAUAGAGAAUGGAUGGAUGGAUGACUGGAAGCGGUUUUUGAAUCUUUGUUACUAUUUACUGUUACGCACUAAAACACAGUCAGAUUCCUUGUGUGUAAAAAUCUACUUGGUAUUAAAAAGCUUUCUGAUUCCAA